AUGGCCAAUCGCUCAUGCCUUGUGAUCCAGUUCCUAGUGUUCUUUCUCUUCCUCAUCGGCCAUGCCCAUUCAGUCUCCUUCAACUUCUCCGGGUUCGAGCCCAACACCGGCAACUUGACGUAUGAGGGCGACGCGUUCACGUCGGACGGCGUGAUCCAGCUGACGAGGAACCAGCAGGAACGCACCCUCGGGAGCAGUGUCGGGCGGGCCUCCUACGACAAGCCUGUCCGCCUGUGGGACUCGAAGACCGGGAGGCUGACCGACUUCAUGGCCCACUUCACCUUUGUGAUGAAGGCCCUGAACGACACUUACAGCGCGGACGGCAUUACCUUCUACAUUGCACCGUUCGAUUCCGUUAUCCCGCCCAACUCGAGUGGCGGCUACCUUGCCCUGUUCAACCCGAGCACGGCCUUCAACACAUCUGCAAACUGCAUGGUCGCCAUCGAGUUCGACAGCUUCCAGAACCAAUGGGACCCGAGCCCCGACCAUGUGGGCAUUGACGUCAACUCCAUCGUCUCGGUCGCGACUGUGACCUCGAGUGCCAGCAUCAAUAAUGGUUCCGUAGCCAAUGCUUGGGUCAGCUACAACUCCACAACCUUUAACUUGAGCGUCUUCCUUACUUAUGCCGAUGAUCCCGUGUUUGACGGCAAUUCGAGCCUCUCGUACAUCGUCGAUCUGAGGACAAUUCUUCCAGAGCAGGUCAGAGUUGGCUUCUCUGCCGCGACGGGUCUGUUCGUCGAGAUUCAUAACAUCCUUUCCUGGUCAUUUAGUUCAACCUUGGAGGAUGCCAAUUAA